UUCAACAAAAACACGUUACUCCGCCUGUUGUUCUGGCGGUGAAUUGCUCUGCAACACACGCAGAACCAUGAAUUGAAACGAGUGCGUCGACGCAACGACGCAGACGCUGAAGCAUGCGCCGGCCUUUAAACACCUGGACCAGGUCAGCAGCAAAACUAGGGCGUCCCCAUGACAACGACAGCUGGCCAUGCUGCCUCUCCCUCUCUUCUCACACACCUUUUCCAAGCACAAACCCUGCUUCGUUUCCCCCUGCUUGUGAUUGGAGUGACUAAAUGUCACCAGUGUUGAGGGACGACGCUGCAGAUGGGAGCCGCUAAACAGGCUUUAUUGUAUUAAAUAAUGAUCAUAUGUCCACUUAGCAGGGCCAGCUGUUACUGUACGCGUCUCACAACUUUACGUAGAGAAAUGGACGCUGUUGGCUGUCUAACCUCAUGAUGUGGGUGACGAGGGGAUGCUCGCUGUGGUUAUGCAACAGCUGUGGUGGGAGCGUUCGAAUUACAGGGUUACCCUUUAAGGGUACCAGUACCAGCAUGCAACACCCGAAUACCAGUUUGAAAAAUACAAGAAGGUCCUGUCUGUCAGAUAAAGCUCAUGUCACAGAAAGGUGCACUGUGAACACCCAGUGAUAAGAGCCAACGCACAACUAUGACCAGAGGAAAAACGCAUGAAAGAAGAACCCGUCGAGGACAGCAUCCCCCAGAUCGUACAGUUAUCUCAACAAUGCCGUCCCCAUGUCACGGAGCUGGAUCUAAAUCUAGCAGAAAGAGAUUUAUUAAUAUCAAAUGCUGCUUGUGAGGAGAUGUUACAUGUGUACAUGCGGAACAAGUACGACCCUCUGUAUCACGCACGUUGAUGUGACACACAGAGCUUUUGGUUUUUCAUUGUGUUAUUCGAUUUUGUUCAUAAUUUGACUUGUAUCUUCUUAAAGCUGCACCAAUCCCAAUUUUUACAUCAACUAUGAAACUUCACCUCCACGGAUAACAAGCUUCUUUUAGCCCGCCGCUUGGCUCGGGCUGCUGAGCACACAGCAGCAUGUAAGUAGAAAACACACUUCCCCAGCACGUCAACACUGUUGUCCAUUCAUGCUCCGGUUGCGUUGCAGCUGCUGCGUGUCUAAAUAUGCAACUGAGCUUCCAUCAUCUUGCCACUUCCGCACGUCCCUUAGUGAUCGUAAUGCCCCCUCAAGAUCAGAGGACUUCACACGUGUAUUUCUCCAGGAAGGAGUCAUAGGCCUGUUGCAUGGUUCAUUUCCCUCAGCACAUACAGUAUCAUCAUCAGAGGUUGUUGUUAUGAUGCUAGAAUAUUAAAAAGAGUUGCACCCUUGUGAGCUGUAAAUACUUCAUAAUAAUGCGAGUUAUUGCUUGCUGACUUCUGUUUUGGGAUUGAUGUUUGGCAGUGUGCCUUUUUCAUUAUUAUCCGCAUGUUCUCCUGAAGAUUCUCGUCAUGUCUCACAGGUAUAUUAAACGAAUGUUACUUUUGUGUGUGGAUUUAAAGUGUUUACAUGUUACCAAUAAAGCGGUAUUGUACAGUUACUCUGCGUUUGGACCACGCUGUCAGAGGGACUAAAGUUUAUGGAGACCUUUUUACUCUACGCUGUUUUUUGGUUUCGCAAAUGUACAAACACAAAGAUGGAGUUUCCUCCAUAGAAAGAAGUUACUAUUUCAAUAGGAGCCGCGUCCCACUUGUUUGCAUUAUCUUAGUAAAGCACGUGCCUUCAUGUAGUUCUAUGCUCCGUUUACUAUCCGUGUGUUUCCUCCAUUAUUACUGGUGCAGUGAAAUGUGGAGGGAGGGGUGGAGAGCUCUCUUCAGAGGGACAGCAGGCAGGAGGUGGAGGCUGUUGCUCAACACUUGGCAAGGCUCACUAUCUGCUGGUUGAAUGACCAGUUGAUCAAACAGACGAGCGCACAAACACACACACACAAACACACACACACACACACACACAGGGUCUGCUCCACCCUUUACUCUGGUGACAGGAUGGAAGGUGACACUGUGACGCGUCAGAUGUUGAUUCAUCCCGUCAGUAUUUAAAGUUCCGUACACACACCAGUAGACCAUCCCGGAUCGUCUCUGCGGAUAAAGCUGCUGGAUUUGCACAAAAUUUCCAAGAUGUCAGGGGAGGCCUUCGUCACCCUGGCCACCACAGACUCAUACUGCAUGGGAGCCAUAGUGGUGGCCAGAAGUUUACAGCGCCACGGGACGACUCGCAGCACCGUCGUCAUGGUGACACCGAACCUCUCACAACAGUCAAGGCUGGCGCUGGAGGACGUGUUCGAUGAGGUCAUCACGGUGGACGUGAUGGACAGCGACGACCAUUUCCGCCUGUCCCUGCUGGGACGUCCUGACCUCGGCAUCACCUUCACUAAGAUCCACUGCUGGACCCUGACACAGUACAGCAAAUGUGUCUUCCUGGACGCGGACACACUGGUCCUGUGUAACGUGGACGAGCUGUUCGAGAGAGACGAGCUGUCUGCGGCUCCUGAUCCCGGCUGGCCCGACUGCUUCAACUCAGGCGUGUUUGUCUUCAGACCGUCCCUCCGCACCCACAGCGGCCUGCUGGAGCACGCGCUGCAGCACGGCAGCUUUGAUGGGGGGGACCAGGGCCUGCUGAACUCCUUCUUCAGCAGCUGGCCGGCCGAGGACAUCAGCAAACACCUCCCGUUUGUCUACAACCUCAGCGGCAGCUCCUUUUACAGCUACCUCCCCGCCUUCCGACAGUUCGGCCACAACGCGAAGGUGGUCCAUUUCAUCGGAGCAGUGAAACCCUGGAGCUCCAUCAGGGACGAGAGCAGCUCCCACAGCAUGGAGCAGUUUGUGUCUCUGUGGUGGAAGGAAUACCUCGGCUACACAACAUCAUCUGGAGCAGGGAAACAACAAGAGUGUUCCCUCACAGAUAACACACCAGUGGAGGAGGAGGGGCCCGGAUGCGGGGCGGAGGAGGCGGAGGAGGCGGAGGGCGGCGCUUGUACCUCAAACGUUGACACGGAUCCAGUAUGUAAAGCUUCUAUCCCGGACCAGCCUCAUAUCUAUAUUGGUCAGAAUGUCCAAGAGCGAGGAGGCGAAGGUAACGCGCCGCUUAGAGACACCCUCACCGGUCCCAGUUCACUGCCUGUACAUUCGCCGCCCCCCGCUGAGAGUCUUCGCCCCCCGACUGAACCAGAGACAUGUUCCCUCACAGAUAACACGCCAGUGGAGGAGGAGGGGCCCGGAUGCGGGGCGGAGGAGGCGGAGGGGGCAGAGGGGGCAUAGGGCGGCGCUUGCACCUCAAACGUUGACACGGAUCCAGUAUGUAAAGCUUCUAUCCUGGACCAGCCUAAUCCCUGUAUUGGUCAAAAUAAGGCUGCAGGGACGGAAAAAGUUAAAGAGACGGACGAAGCGGCAAAGACAGAGACGGAAGCCGAGCGGCUCGAGCACCGCAGGCUGUGGGAGGCCGGCCAGGCCGACUACCUGGGCAGGGACGCCUUCAAGAACAUCCAGAAGAUGCUGGACCGCUUUCUGGAGUAACGCGCAGGACCACCUCCGUAACCCAAACUCACUUGUGUCCUGUAGGAUCUGAACCAUAUGAGAUUUACAAGCAAACAUGAAUAUUCUAUUUUUUUACAGUGGUAGUGUCGUGGCGCUGAGAGCGAUGCAAUGCCAGCACUCUUCACUGGGAUCGUUUUAUUUUCAUACAAAGCUUUAGAUUUAGAUGAUCUGUUAAAGUAUUGUAGGCAGGCUGAAAGUAAAGAUGUUAACAAUAACGUUAAAAUACCCGUAUAAGAAUAAGGAAAAAAUGUUGAGAAUCAAUCAAUCAAUCUAGCUUCUGCAAAUAAUUCUCAACAUCUCAACUUCAUUCUCGCAAUGUAAAAUGAAACAAAUGCUUUCAGUUUGUUCCCCCCAUGUAUGGCCAUCAAACUCCUGCGUACAAACAAGUGUGAUGCAUCAGAACCAACACAAGGUCUCUUUAACUCUUUCAUUGGGACUGAUGCAAGCACCGAAUGUCAAACUCCGACUUCUCGUUCUUACAAACAUAUUCGAACUGUGUAAUAUGAUUUUGCUCUGCAGUGGUACACAUUUUACAAUGACAGAUGAAGAUGUUGAAGCAUUCUGUCACGCUUUAUUUCACAGGGCCCCAAUUUCCUAAGCAUUCCCUGGAAUGCCAUUUUGUAAUAGUAGAGACAGUGCUCAACUGGUUUGCUUCCAAUCCUUAAAUUUAACAGUGAACACCUUCCAACGACGUGCUCACAAAACGUCUUUUCACCAUUCCCAUUUUUCAUAUAAUUCAAAUGAAAGAAGCUUCCAGGAAAAUGAUGGGGGUCAUAUGUAAAGCGUGAUCCUUUUUGAUGUUCUACGUGACAAAAGCAAAAGAUAGAUUCAACAUUUCCAAAUUGCAAAUGUUCUUCUCUGUGAGAAUACAUAUCCUGGUUUGCCAUAAAGCAUAAAUCAUAUUUUUGUGUAAAGUAAAUACCUUUCUCUUCAUGCCGUUUGAGUUCACAUAGUAAAAACACACACAUGAAUACAUACAGACCGUGUUCAUUCUUCCACCAGGGAGCACUGUGGCUCUUCUAUCAGAACUCUCCAUCACGGCAGCCCAUCAGAGAAGCAGGGACGCGCCAUUAAUACAUGUCUGACUACAGUCAGCAGUAUGCUGUGUGUUCCUUAUCCGUUGGGCACAUGGUUUAAUGUCAUUUUCUUCCAGGCAUUUCUCUCAUAGUGGAGGAAGAUGGUGUGCUGAAUACAAAGCACAUGGCGGGAGGUGAGCUCGGGCCCGGCCCGGGCUGCUGGUAUAAAAGGCCUCAUGAUGAUUGCUCUGAAAGGCAACAUGGCACAUCGCUGCUCUCGGACGAGUGGGCCCCGCUUGACUUUGAUUCAUCAAGAUUAAAGUGCCAACAGC